CGUUAGCCUUCGAAGAAGAAGAAGCUAGCUUCUGAAGAAGAAGGAGGAGGAAGUGUUGAUUGUUUUGUUUUUCUUUAACUUUUGGCUGUGAAACGAUAAGAGCUAGUCCAGCACUGUUUUGUUUUCUUUCUGUGUGCAGGAACGUACAAUAUCACUAUGAACCUGGAGCGACUGCCCAAUGAGGAGAAGCUCAGCCUUUGCCGAAAAUAUUAUCUAGGUGGCUUUGCGUUUCUCCCCUUCCUGUGGCUUGUCAAUGUUGUUUGGUUUUUUCGGGAGGCCUUCUUAAAGCCAGCCUACACUGAACAGCUACAGAUAAAAGCAUAUGUGAAGCGUUCGGCGCUAGGGUUACUGUUAUGGGUAGCAGUGCUCACCACGUGGAUCACCAUAUACCAGCACUUCAGAGCAGAGUGGGGGGAGGUGGGAGAUUACCUCUCCUUUACCAUUCCCCUAGGUAUCCCUUGAGGUUGUUUUUUUUUUUUCCUCAUUUCAACUGAUUAGUCUUUUCAGUAAAACUAAUGAUCCACUGUAAUGGGCCAAAAGAAUUUUCUCCCUGAACAACAGUGAAUGAUUUUUGGCAGUUGUUUUCCUGGUUUCUGGUCAACUAAAUCCAACUAAAUGCAAGAAUAAAUGUUACCUAUCUUCACAAGAUAAACAAUGUAAGACCCAAAACCAUUUCUGUGCUCACCAAGACAUUUGAGUAAGUUAUUUGGCUUUAGAGAAGGGUAACUCAUCUUUUGAAAUAGGCAAUGUUUAUGAUCAUGGAAAUUUUGUAAUGAUAAGAUAAUGAACAACUCACUAAUGUUUUUGUUUUUUUGUCUUUGAACUGUUUAUUGUGGUAUGGUAUGAUUGUGCACUAUUUUUACUUAUGUGUGAAUAAAUAAAAAGUGUCCACAAUGCUGCCAAGUUA